CCUAGACCCAAAGUUGUCAGGCAAGCGCAUCUUGCACGCAUGCGCAUCCUUCUGUCCAGCUCUAAAUAAGAGUUAAAAGAGAAACGAGGUUGGGGAUAUCAGAGGAGUGGGAAUGACUGACACUCCACCCAGUGAUGGCCCCUCCCAGGGAGCUGAGUUUGAUAUGAUAAGUGCUCUAGACUGGAAGGAUGGUAUCGGUACGCUCCCAGGGAGUAACAUCACGUUUCGUAUGACAGAGUUUGGGACUCUUGAGCUUGUCUCAGACCUAGAGGUCAAAGGGCAGGAGGCAGAGCCUAACCGUGAGUCCUUGGACCCAGCUCCUUCUCACACUCCCACCCCUCCACCAGAGGGCCAAUCACAGACUGGCACAGCUGCAGCUCCAGCCAAUCAGAGUCAGCCAGGAUCAUCUAAAGGUAAAGCUCCUGGUGCUGUUCUUCUGUCUUUAGAGGACAGCCCCAGUGUGGAGGUUGGUCCCAGUAUUGAAGUUGGCCCUAGUGCCGACAUGGGUUCAAAUGGGGAACUGUCAAGGUGCCGGACCUGUGGUGGCAGUGUUUCCCAAGAUGCCCUCUUUCAGGGUAAAUUCUGUAGCUCCAUUUGUGCUCAGCCCUCCAGUGGCAGGUCGUCUCCAGGGGAAGCAAGAGAGAGUCAGGCAGUUGAAGGUGAGAGGCUGGGUAAACGUGUGCGCAAAAAGAGGAAGAUCUACAUGGAUUCUGGUGAAGAAGAGGAAGAAAACCAAGAGGAACCAGAGGAAAAGGCCAAAACUACAAAAGGCAAGAGAGGGGCCAAAAUUGUCAAACUGGUGACUGCCCCACCCAAUAAGAAGCGGGCAUGGAGCUGGUCUGCUUACCUGGAAGAGGAGAAGGCCAUUGCUGCUCCUGUAAAGCUAUUCAAAGAGCACCAGUCAUUUCCCCAAAGCAGGAACAGUUUUAAGGUGGGGAUGAAACUGGAGGGACUGGACCCAUCUCACCCAUCUCUGUUCUGUGUGCUCACUGCUGCAGAGAUCCAAGGCUACAGGGUAAGGCUUCACUUUGAUGGUUACCCAGAAUGCUACGACUUCUGGGCUAAUGCUGACUCGUGGGAUCUGAAACCUGCUGGCUGGUGUGAGAAGAAUGGACACAAGUUAUUGUUGCCUAAAGGGUGUAAGGAUGGAGAGUUUAAUUGGGGCAUGUAUGUGAAGAACUGCAGGGGUCAGCUGGCCCCAAAACAUCUUUUCAAAAGCCUCAACACAUCUGUGACUCCAUCUGGAUUUAGAGCAGGGAUGAAGCUAGAGGCUGUCGACAGGAAGAAUCCAUCUUUAAUCUGUGUAGCAACCAUUGCUGCUGUCGUUGACAACCGCCUGCUCAUUCAUUUUGACAACUGGGAUGACACAUAUGACUACUGGUGUGAUGCUAGCAGCCCAUACAUCCAUCCUGUUGGCUACUGUGAAGAGGCUAAGCUAACUUUGACCACCCCAGCUGGUAAGACACAGACCAAGACACCUGUGGAGUAUAAACAUCCCAAGAGUUUCUCUUGGGAAAAAUACCUGGAAGAGACAGGCACACAGGCUGCACCAGCUCGAGCGUUCAAACCGCGACCUCCACAUGGCUUCCAGAUUGGGAUGAAGGUGGAAGCUGUUGAUAAGAGGAACCCCAUGCUCAUCCGUGUUGCAACUAUAGUGGACACAGAGGACCAUCGGCUAAAGAUCCAUUUUGAUGGCUGGAGUUCAGAGUAUGAUUACUGGGUGGAGACAGACUGCCCUGAUCUGCAUCCUGUAGGCUGGUGUCAGAAAACUGGACACCCGCUACAGUACCCUAACGGCUCCAGUGACGUAUUGACUGCCCCAGGACAAGGAUGUCCUACAGUAGGAUGCAACGGGGUCGGCCACAUCAGGGGACCUCGCUAUGGGACCCACUACACACAGGUGAGCUGCCCCUACUCUGAGAUGAAUCUGAACAAGGAGGGCUUGCUGCCAGACCGCCUCAGUGGAGAACGACCUCUCACCCUCUGCGGACCUCAUCCUCGUGGGCGACGCCCCGAUCCUCACACAAACACUACGUCACAGAUUUCUGCAACACCAGAGCAACCUGAAGGAGCAGAGGACUCCCAGAACAGGUUUGCUGCUGAACACGUACAAGGCUGUACAGAGGCUGUGCCUCUGCAGAAACGGAAACCGGCAGCAGUGGAGGCUGAGCGUUUAGUGCGCAUCAACCAGCCCGAGCCAUCAGGUGGAGCCAUUGAGCAGAGCCACAAUGGAACAAGGCCUAAACGGGUUGCCCCAGUCCCUAAAUACCUGAAGAUGCAUUAUGUUAAAGAAGAGAUUGGCGACAGUAAAGCCUCUCCAGAUGCCAUCUCUCUGCAGCAAGCCCUCCAUGAGUCUGUGUUCUCCCCCGGCAUCUCUGCCUCCCCCCCGCACCGGGUGGCUCUCUGCUGGGACAAACACUGCCAGCUGCUGCCUGAGGUCCUGGGGCUGACUGCCAAGAGAGUGGCCACUUGGAACGCUGAGGAGGUGGCCGGUUUUGUUAAAGGACUCCCUGGAUGUAAAGAACACGCUGCUACAUUUAAAACAGAGCAAAUAGACGGCGAAGCCUUCCUGCUGCUCACCCAAGCAGACAUCGUCAAGAUCCUAUCAAUCAAGUUAGGACCCGCCCUAAAGAUCUACAACUCCAUCCUCAUGCUGAAGAACGCAGAUGAAGAGUAAGAGGUGACUCCAUGAGGAAUCGCUUGCUCUUUACAUGUCCCUCAGCUCUGGCGUCAUCAAUGCUCAGCUACAGACAUUUAACAAAAUCAGUCUGAACGAGUUUCAUAUGUUGAGCCCUGUGACGGUUCAGUCUCACGAGAGAAACACGUGGAAGCCAUCAUCUCUGAAAAUGCCCCCUCCUCUCUCCAUGUUGGACAGAACUGGUCAACCUGAGGGAGAGUUUUCCACUGAUACCAUGAGGAAUCCUUAACUUAUUGUGUUUGUUUACUCAAUCAUUACAAAACAAACUAAGAAAAAACUAAACUACAGGCACCUUCAAGGCUUCUUAACAUUGUACAGUUUAUGAAGUGGAGUUAGUGUCUGUUGCAUUUCCUGUUUUAUUUAAGCUGUAAAGAAAUGGUGCUGAAGCUCAGAGCACGUGGAACAAGUGUGUUUGUUGCUUUUUACAUGGCAAUGGACUUUUAAAAGCUGCAAAAAUACAGUCAUGAGGUGGGGAAAGGUUUUUAAAUCUGAAACCCAGUGGAACAGAAGCACUAUGUAGUUCGGCCUUCUUCCUCAAGAUGGAGAACGUGAGCUGCUCGACAGGCCCAAAGGCAAGAGAGCUGGGUUAAUUUGGAGUUGGCUGAAGCUUGGACUGAAUGGGGGAUGGCUAAAACUCUGUGGGUGUGUGUGUGUGUAGAUGUGACUAAGUGUGUUUGAGAAAUGAGGAUGUAAUUUCCCACUAGCCUGUGUGGUGUGUUGCUUUUCUGGUCAGAGGACUGUUUUGUGAUAUACAGGGCUUAGGGCUAAUUGUUAAAUUAAGGAAACUUGCAAUCCUUUGACGUGGGACAAGAAAUGAACCAGCUCUGUUUGUCUCUGGGUUUUUUUUUUCUUUUGGGGGGUGGGGGACCACAUAUGAAUGUUAAAAACAGCUUUGAGUUGUUUUGCUGAUGCUGAUCACCUUGUUUGGUUCAAAUAACAUCUUGUCAUUUACAUUGUAAAUAGUAUAGACAACUACAAAAGGACUGUCCUUGUUCCCUGUCAGAGUUCGCUCCUGCUUGGUCAUGCAAAGGCUUGACAUCUGUCUAUAGGGAAGGACGGUGUGACAGUGAACUGAAACAGUGAACCUCAAUUCAUACAUAGAUUUUUGAGAAAAACCAAACAUUGUCACCGUCUUUGUAAGUCAGUGUGUACUUCAGCAAGCUGGAAUGUGUACAUCAGCAACUGUUUAUAUGCAAACAGCUUUUAUUUGUGUAUUCUAAUUUAAGGGGUAGCGGUACGAUGUUUUGGCUCUGAGGUGGCUGUUUGAUGGAAUAUGUGAAUGGGUGAAAAUAAACGAGAUGCACACUGCCUGCUGUCCUCAGCUAACCUC